AAUUAGUGUCGAAAAAAUCUAUUUAUAGACAUGAAAUAGAAAAAGUAAGGUCUAUUUUUAAUAUUAUUUCAAUAAUUAAUUAAAAAUAAAGCAACCAUGAGCCAUUACUAACAUAUAAAAGGUUGCACUGCUGUGAUGCAACGUGAUGGUCGAUGAGUGCAGGUUGGUGAGCAAUGAUUAUACGAGCAUUUUGUAAUUAAUCCAGUGGAAGUUGCGUACAGUUUCCUUCAAGGUAACAACUGCUAUCCUCUCCCAAUUAGUGAACAGUAUUGUCGGACAUACUAAACGAAACGGAUUGUUGUUAGCGCUAGAUUUAUAUGACGUUCCUAAAGUGCGUAUGUUUAAGAAAUUGAUCUUAAUUAUGUCAGUUCGUCCUCUGCCACCUGAAUUAGCGGAUAAAGCUCGUCACGAGUUAAACGAAGAUCCAAAAAGGCUUGAAGAUGGAAUACAACAUUUGAAGGAAUGGAUCUCCAAGCAACCUCAUCUGAGAGCCCGAACAGAUGAUCAGUGGUUAGCGGCUUUCUUGAGAGGAUGUAAGCACAGCUUGGAGCUGGCCAAGGACAAGAUAGACUUAUACUACUCGCUCAGGAGUACUGCACCAGAUUUAUUCAGUAUAAGACCUAAUGAUUCCAAAUUUAUGGAGCUGCUUCGGUCUGGUGUGGCGUUGGUUCUGCCCCGCGUGCAGAGACCCACGGAUCCGCGGGUGAUUCUCAUCAGAGCCAGCGAGUACGACCCUAACAAGUUUGUCGUGUCGGAGCUGCUCGCGCUCACUCUCGUCAUGCAACAGAUAUUGUAUUUAGAAGACGAUGCAUUUUUAGUGUCCGGGGUUAUUAACAUAGUAGACAUGCAGGGCGCGACGGUGGCUCACUUUCUGCAGAUGACGCCUACAAUGAUGAAGAAAAUGUUGGUUACUGGACAGGACGCUUCACCAGUCCGGCUAAAAAGUGCACACUACUUGAGCACACCUCCCGGGUUCGAAUCCGUCCUUUGUAUCGGGAAACGAUUGAUGAGCGAGAAGUUCAAAAGCAGACUGUAUGUGCACAACAAAGGUUUCGAUGACUUGUACAAAUUUGUUCCUAGAGAAAUAUUGCCGGAGGAGUACGGUGGGAGUGGAGGCACAGUGAAGGAAAUAACAGAUUAUUGGGUUCAGAAGAUAAAAGAAUAUAGCGACUGGUUUGCCGACGAUCAAAUGUACGGGACUGACGAACACAUGAGAGCUGGGAGUCCCAAAACUCCAGAAAGCAUGUUCGGAUCAGAUGGAUCUUUCAGACAGCUCGAUUUUGAUUAAUUUUAACCAUAGAUCUCAAAUAUAGAAUGAUUUAUGUAACACUUUCUCUGCUGGAAACGCACGGAGCAUAGAAAUUCCUACGAAUUGCAACUUCAGUUUUUAAUAUUCGUGUUAAAUUACUUCGAAUUAUUAAAUGUGUACUUUUUGUAUUUAUAUUGUGCAAAAAAUAUUUUUAAAAAAACCUAAUUAAGUUAUUAGUAUAAUGAAUAUAAAUAAUUUCUUUUCAGAUAAACGUAACAUUGUACUGAAUGAAUGUUCUUUUUAAUAUAAUUGUGAGAAAUAA